AUGGCAGCCGAUGCCUUCCAAGGCUUUCGACAAUGGAAACUUUGGUUUCCAUGCAGAUUUUUCACAAUUAAUGCUGCUUCUAUCACACUGAUAGCAAUUGCAAUGAAGCUACCAGUGGACCUAGACACCGACAUGUCUGACACUGUUUAUAUGAUCGCAAAGUCUGCAAGCAUCAUUUUCUUGGUGACCAUGGUAGCCAACUUUCUCCCAUCUUUAGGGCUUAUGGAUGACAAGGAACUUCUAAUGAACAUGCUAGCCUUUGGUAUACUCAUAAUCACCAUCAGUGUAAAUGUUUGGAUCCAAUUCAGUACUACCGGGCCUUUCACAACCCCAAUACAAUUGCUAAUAUUGAUACUUCCACUUCCAUGGCCAUUUUCAGUAGCUAUGAUAGUUCCAGCUUCUAGAAGAAGCUUACAACACCACUAUGAGAAGUUCCACGGAUUGGCUUCAGAUCCUCAAGAGAUAAACUUCUCUGGCAAGAGACUCAUUCGGUAUGUUAAAAAGUAUUGGAUGAUGGCAGAGACUGGUAACCCCCAAUUUGUAAUUGCUUGUUCACCGGUCUCUUCUGCUUUUGGGGUCAUAUGCUCACUUCUUGCCUGUGUUUCAUGUCUUAUUUUGGUGACCCUGUUUAAUGAUUUAUCCAACUUCCAAUAUGGAAAUUCAGAUUAUAAGUGGUCAAUCAAUGUGAUUGUUACCUUGCAAUUAAUUGGGGCAAUAAUUGGUAGUAUAGCACCAAUUUUUAGAUGUUUGACUGCCAUCAGUCAUUUCAACCUCUCAAUAAAAUGGAGCAAGAACCAUAUAAAUGUGUUCAGAGUGGAGAAACAAUGGAUCGAAAGGCUUCAGCUGUGGAAACAUAGCCAUGUCAAUUCACAUAUUGCAGGCCGCCAUUGCACAAAGGUUUUCCGCAACAUCAGAAACAUAAUUUUGAACUUUUGUAUCGCACUUCAGAUAUCGGUCGUUGUUAUAUGUAACACAAUAUGUCUCAUUCCCAGAUCUCUUCUGAUCUUAUUCUCUUUGUUUUGCUAUUUCUGCAAGUCAUUGUUGAAGAGAUUUAAAGAAGAACCAAAUGUAUCUAAUAGCAAUGUGAUACUAGAUGUGGAAGAAUAUAGUGCUUAUGUCAUACAAAUUGAAGCCGACACAAAGCUUUCAAAGAGAAUAUUAAGAAGAACACUCAAAUCCAUAAUUCGACUUCUUCAUGAGGCUGAAGAGAAAGAGCCAAGAAAUCUUACGAAGCUUCUCAAGAAAUCUACAGGAUUCUACGGAGUGGUAGAGUUCAACAAUGACCAAGUCCCACCUUUACAUCAAGAAGAAAUGCAGAAUUGCUGGAGCCUAGUAACAGUAACAUUAACUGCCAUUGCCCUUGCUCUUCCUAAAAGUACAAACUGCCAUGUCAAGGGGUUACUUGAUUGUAUGAGGGAAGGUCUCCAAUUUGUAAGACAUAUUGAAGAAAGCCUUAAUGAAAAUGGUGACUUGGUAAAAGCAAGAAAAGCAGCAAGACGUGUGUGGACAGACGUUGAAGUAUACUGCAGGUGGCUACAAAUUGAUCUUCAAAAGAAGGCUCGUAAAGGAAAAACAUCAAAGGAGAUUCUUAAAUGGUUGGGUGACGAAGCAGUAAAAAUUGUGAUACAUUUCAAGAAAAGGAAAAAUGUAAGUCUGGACCACUCACUUCGUAAGUUCAUUGCUGCGAGUUCCAUGUAUACCAUUAGCCAAACUAUAUUGCUUCACUGCAAUAAGCAAGAAAAUUGGCCAACAGAUGAGGAGCUUUUUGAGUGGAUAUCAACCAUAAUCGCAGAUCUGCUAUUUGCUUGCUUUACCAACUUGCCACAUGUCAUAACUAUGAAGUGUCAUGAGGAUGCAAUAGAGAAAAGGGAAGAGAGCAUCCGAAUUGCAGCUCAGCUCCUUGGUAGAUCCAGAAAGAUCCUGAAAAUGCUUAAAGGACGCCAACUUCCGAACUUAGACAUGGAGUCAAUGGGGUACAUUGAUAAGUGGCAUACAUUACCAAAGAGUCAGAUACCCAAUGGUUCAGUCAGGUUUCAACCAGCUUCUUCAAGUUCUAAUGAAUCAUUGGUAUUAACUAUUAUUUGA